ACUCAUCAAAUUUAAAAAAAUAUAAAACAAAAAGAUGGUGAAAAAAAUAUUUCCCUUAUUUUAAUUGGUUUUCUCAUACAACACACCAUUGAUCCUCCUAUUACAGUCCAACUGCAAUUGAGGCUGUGCAAACAAAGCACCCAGUUCCCUCACCAUUCAAUCAUGCAAACUUUGUUGCUGCCGGCAACUUGCUCUGGUAUUUCGAGGGUGGUGGCGACCCCAAUUCCUCACCUUCGUCGGCCAUCGCUGACACUCUGCUCUCCAAAUUUUCUCACUUUGCGCAAAGCCCAGAAACCAGAACCCCUCCUCUCCGCUUCUGCUCCUUUUGAUCCUCUUAGUAGCAGAGUUUCGAAACCCUCUUUCACCAGAAUCUCUUCCUCCCAGGUUUCACCCUCUUUCACCUCCUCUAACGAUGAUACGGAGAAGGCAAAGCUCGCUCUGGUUUCGAAAAGGUUGGAGAACACGUCGAGGUAUUUUAGGCGAUUGGGCAGUUUAGGGUUUUGGGGACAGCUAGUUUGUACUGUGGUGGCAGCUGUUAUUCUUUCAUUUUCCAUCGUUAUUACUGGGAAAAUUUCAUCGCCUGCUACUUUUUAUGCCACUGCUGGUGGGAUAGCCGCAGCAUUUGUCUCAGUGUUUUGGUCAUUUGGGCAUAUUCGGCUUGCCGAGAAGCUCAAAAAGACUGCCAGUGAGCCUUCCAAGGCUCCUCCCCGUGCUGAUGUUGUGAAAGGCUUGAGAAAUGGUAUAAUAGUGAAUCUUCUUGGAAUGGGCGCUGCUAUUCUUGGAAUGCAAGCUACAGUGGGACUGUUGGUUGCGAAGGCUCUCACAUCCUCAGCAAAUCCUUAUUACCAGGGAAUUUCUCCUGGCUACAGCCCCGUACUGGCAUUGGAUGUAUUCUUGGUGCAGGCAUCGGCUAACACCAUCCUUUCUCAUUUCUUGGGGCUUGUUUUCUCACUGGAGCUGUUGCGGUCAGUUACUUUACCUCCUUCAGAAAGUGUUCCAGUUCCAAGAGUUGCUUAAAUUCUGAUUCCCUUGGUAAAUGUUGAGAAUUUGAAGCCUCUUGAUGAACUUGAUUUUGUAGCCUUGUUUGUUAAAAUGUGGGGUUCUCAUUAUUGGAUUUGAGAUCUAUAUUCACUGCUGCAUUGAGCAUGUGUGCUUCUGAUUUUAUUGCUGCAUUAAAUUAUGUGAUUAAUAAAUGACUUAAAACUGUGGAACUGCAAAUAUAAUUGUCCAUCCUCU